UCAUAUCGUCAAACCAUCGUACUAUACGGCACUAGGGAAGGACGUGGGUGAUUCUUCAACAAUGUCUUCAUCAAAUUCCAGAUUUUCUCCAUCUUCACCCAACUUCACGAGGCGUAAUGUCAACUUGCAUUAUGAGCCUGCUUUGUAUUGCAAAUGUGGGUUGAAAUCUCCAUUAUGCAUAGCUCGUGAUAGUGGCCGAAAAUUCUUUGGUUGUCAACAAUGGAAGGAACAUGGUUGUGGAUUUUUGGUAUUUAUUGAUGAUAUUAUGAUGAAUGCUCAAGUUCAAGAAAUCCCGGUCAUUGACUAUGAGUCAACUGUAAAUGCAUUAAGAGAUUUGAGUUGUAUUAUUCAACAACUAAGAGAUGAUAUGUCAUCUGUCCAAAGAGAAUGGGAGAGAGUCAAGAUGUCAACAUGUGGUGGUGCUACUGAAGGUGUUAAGGAAAAUUGGUCCAAGAUAUUUACUACUAUAGUUGUGAUAGGUGUGGUUUUAUUAGCAAUGUUGCUAUGCUUUGGGCAAAAAAAGAGUAAUAAUCUAAAUUUGUCUAUUUUGUAAGAUCUUUGGUUUAUGUUAGUGUGGAAAAAUUAGUAUAGGUUGAUGGUAAAUGUUGUUGGAAGUAGUGUUGUAUGAAAAAAAUUCAAUGUGGU